AGAUACUGCAACCAAGUGCUGGAUAAAGACAUCGACGACAGGUGCCAGCAACUUCUCCAGGACCUCGUUCGAUACCAGGAAGACCUCUACCUCGUUGACCCCGGCAAGGCAAAGCGUAGGAAGAGGUUCGUGUUGGGUCUGAGGGAGGUGGCGAAGCACCUGAAGAUGAACCACCUCGUGGGCGUCAUCAUCUCCCCUAAUUUGGAGCAGAAUAACUCCAAGGGUCAGUUAAUAAUAGAGAUGUGCCAGAAGCAAGAUGUCGUCUUCAUCUUCGCCCUCGGCAGACGAGCACUCGGCAAGGCGUGUGCUAAACUAGUGCCAGUCAGUGUCGUAGGGAUAUUUAGUACCGAAGGCGUCGAGGUUCGUUAG